UUAAAGAAAUUGCCUAUCUGACUUUCAGAAAUGUUCUAAUUCAAAAUUUCACCAUGUUCUCUAAUGGUUUUUGUUCAAUCUUGCUAAUGUAGGCAUAUUCCGUGUAUUUGAUGAUAGUUUGGAUUAGUAGUGUGCUUUUUCAAGCAAGUUUUCUUACUAUUUCCAUUUAUUAUGCUUUAUUUCACAUUAUAGAGCAGUUCAGAACAUACAAACUGAAUGUUUUUUGGUGGAACUAAACCACAAAGUAUUCUCCACAGAUACGAUUAACACACUCCAACUGUUAGUAGGCUUUUAAUUCACAAACGACAGUAGAAUUAGUCUGAAAUAAACCUCGCUGGAAUCUCCUCUGUUCUUGUGAACUUCAGCUGCUUUGACCCAAAAUUUGCCCUGUACUCCCACAGAUUCAUGCUACUUGCUAUUACAGACAUAACUAUAGCGUACUUCAGUCUGUGUCACUUUCCAAUUUCUUGCACGUUACCUGAAGAAACCACUAAAAUAUUUAAGUUGCUUUACGGGCAUGUUUAUUUACCAAAUGAAGAUCUCCAAGCCAAUGAUGCUUUGAAUGGGUCUGGCAUCAUGCUAAAAAGGUUCCAAAGUCCCUCAUUCCUUUGCAGGAGAUACCUAAUUUGGGGUUUUAAAUCACUUAGUAAAAUCACCUUUGCCACCUCGUUUCCACAGUUUUCUUCAACUUGGAGAUGUCGUAUAGGAGACUGAAUUUAAGUGAUUUUUUUUCCGGGUUUUUUGGGGUCAUGAUUGAAUGCACAGUAAGUGAUGUUUUACUAGCCACAAUCAAAGCUAAGGUUUGUAGGAAGACCUGCAUGUUGUUUUAGACCAGGCUACUUAAAAGCUUGCCAUGUUUUUUUCCUAUUUAGGUGCUGGUCCUGAAACAGUAAGUAACAAAAUGGGUUAUUUUCAGUGAUGGAGAAAAGUAUUUAGGGUGUAAACACUUGUAAAAUGCUUACAUUCAAAAUAAUCCAGCUUGUUGCAAACAUGGUGAUUACAUUUUAUCAUUAAGUGUUGUGACAGACCCUUCAGGAUGUCCGGUUUCCAAAGCAGAAUGUAGUUAAAGGAAAGAACUUCAGGUCUACACAGACUUUAUUUCCCUUAUCUCAUUGCUGCUCUUGUCCUGAGGGAUAGAAGUAGUUUAACUCUCGUACAUCUCCAUGUGACUUGGACCAUAAUAUCAUCCUGAUUUUGGUAUGUUUUAGAGUUAUAAGCUUAUGGGAUGGCUUAGCAUAAAUUGAGACAAAUGUAGAAGUCAAGAGGUAACAUCUUAUCUGAAGCUUAUCGUCAGAACUGGCGUUUCUCUUGGAACUUUUUCCCCUCCAAUCUCCAAAGUAAAAUGUGACAAAGAAGGCAGAUCCUUAUGAUUUUCAGGGCUCAUGUUUAUUUCCUUACCAUUCUUAUUUCUAGAUGAAUCCUCCUUUUUUAUAGGACAGUGAUAGUUAAGCUGAUGAUGUUGUCUUCCCCUAACUUCCCUGGUAGAAAAGUAUCAUGAGAUACUCUAUUUCAGGAAAAAGUAGUUUUCAUAGCAAGCUUAGCUCUGCAUAGUCUGUAGAUGAUUGUUUUCCUUAUGCAAGGUGUGGAGGGGAGUUGCACUGGAAUGUGUUUCAGCAGCAAAGAAUAAAUAUACUUGCAGCUGACUUUAUAUCCUUCUUUUAAGAAGUUCUGCUUUGUGUUUAGGCACAUUGAAGAUGGAUAUCUGGAUCUUUGUGAAGCAAGUUUAGUUUCAUGUUUAAAGUUUACCUCUCCAGUUUUGAGAGGGAAAAUCUGAAAUAGCAGAAUGUUGUAAUAUAAUAGGGAAGUAUCUUUAUAGGCUGUCUUUCCUUCCCUUGUUUGCUUUGUGACUGGCUUUCAUAAGGGUGUAGGGCAAGAAAGGCAAAGAAAAUAAUGUGCAUUGGUAUUGUUAAAACCAAUGCUUAAAUUAGCAAAGUUUGUAUAUUGAUAAAAAUACAUGCCGAGAGACACUUCAGUAAGAUCAACUAUUUUCUCCCUGAGUAUUUUGCCUUUACUGAGGAAUUUUAAUGCCCUGGUUAUAAAAUCAUGUUGUCAUAUACCAGGAUCUUAAGAGCUGGAGACCUCAGUGAGAGCUUAAUGAUAGCUAGACAAAAAGACUAGGGAACGAGUACUCUUUCGCUGUGCAAAUAUAUUGUGUUCUGUUGGAACAGCUGACACAUUCUUUCCACACAAAAGGCCCCCUCUUAAAUAUUCUAAUACAAUCUUUGGGAAUAUCUUGCAAUAAAGGCACCUGCUAUGGUCUGACUAGUCUACUUAGACAUGUGGCUACCAAGAACACAUCUUUUUUUUUUUUGGAAAUAUGUUGUUUCUUCCUAGUUACUCUUACAUGCUUUGUAGAUGUUACAAACUGCUGAAUUAAUAGAGAAUGUGUUAUCAGAGACUUCUUUUUCUGUUCCAGUUCCUGACACUAACUUUCCUUGCAGAACUACUGUGUAGGUACUGUAUUUGUUUACAAAAGCAUGGCUGGCCAACUCAGUCAUAUGAAAACAAAUCAGGAAAUAAAAAAUUACAGCCUUUGAGUCUUUUAAUGCCUCAGUUCUGGAAAUGUAGCUUUAUAUAGACUUGAUUAGUCAAACCAAUUUAAAAAGCAUGCUUUCUUAGGAUAGGCUUGAGGGGGGGGAAAAUGCUAUUCUCUCAUUUUAAAUCACUGUAAUGGUAAUGAUUGAAAUAGUGUACGUGGCAAAGCAUGCUGCAGACUCCAGAGAAGUAAAGGUUCUGUCCCUGUUUUCAUUGAUAAAAGAGCUCAAGAGCUGAUCCGAAAUGACUGGCAAGUAGCUGUUCACUCUUAUCCAUGACAAGAAACUGUCAGAACAUACUUCUUAGCAAGAGAGUUCUAUAAGCUUUAUUUAGCUUCCUUCCACACAGGUCAGUUAACCUAGCAAUUGUAAACUGAAUCAAUCAACUGUCACUCUAGAGUAUGAUAUUUUUGUCUUACAAGAGGCAAAACGCUACAAGUGUCCACACAUGAGCAUCAGAGGAUAAGCACAUGCAUACCUCAGCUUUGAGGAAUCCUAGAAGCGACUUGAUUGAGAAUGUUUUGCUGUCAUGGGCGUCUGCUGUGCAGAAAGUUUUUUUUCCUUUGUGGCUUGAAACUGGAUUUUUUCAGUGUUAGGUUGAUCCAUAAACUGAUGGUGUUUGUUCCUGAAAAUGUUCAGUGGGAAAGUGGGAGGAAUGCUGUAGGCUUUCAUAGAAUUUCUUGCUGUCUGACAGGACUAGAGUUGUUUCGGGAGCUGUGAACAAGCUAGGGGAAAGCAGAGCUUGUUUGUCAGCUGUUAAAGCUGAUAGAUUCAGUAGCAAGUGCUGAUGUUUUCAAGCCAUUGUAUGGUGUCAAAUGCAGCUUUUGAUGCUUUCUGGUUUUAGUGUUCCUAAAUUGUUUGCCAAAUAAUGAAUCGCUAGCUCCUUUAGUAAGGUAAGAUGAAUAGGACGAAUUGGGGAGGAAUAAUUUGACAAUGCGUAGCACAUGAAGUAGCUGUUCAGUUGCAGUUUGCCAGGUCUCUUCAUCAGUGUAAGUAAUUUCCAUCAGAUUUCAACAUGGCACUCUUGCACAGGAGUUUAGUAUUUUAAUUCUCAAGCCCACAGUGAAUUUGGGAUAAUGUAUGGCAUGCUGGGAUAGUGCUGGCAUGUAAACUGCUGAAUAACCUGAAUCCACAGCUGUGGAGGGAAGCAGGAUGUCAGCAUGACUGAAAAAGAAAACUUCAGGUCACUCUGGGGAUACAGCUCUCUUUCUUGCCUGUCCUGCAGUAGUAAUAGGAUUCUUAGGAAGCUGCUGUAUUGACAGAGUUGGGGUAUGAUAUUCCUUUUGCUGUCUGAGGUGCAACAUGGUUUUUUUAUGGCUUCAUGUUGCAGAAGUAUGUGACAGACUCCAAAAGUGGUGGAAGGCUUGCCAAGUUUGCAACAAUGACGACAAUCCAGAUAGCAGAAUUAUUUGCUUAAUGCUGCUAUAAAAUCGGAACUUCAUCCUGCUUCUGAAUAAAUUAAAACAAAAUUAAAAGAAAACACAAAUUUAUCUUGAAAUAUUCCACUCAAAGGAUCAUCUUGAUGGUCUCUUCCUGUAGUUAACCUAUUACACUGAAAAUAAGUUCUACAGUCCUUUUCUCCCUGCCCUGACUUUCCCGGUCUUUAGUAGUGCAGACAAUCUUUAAAGGCAUCCCAAAUUCAAAUUUGGGGCUGAUUUGCCUUAACUAAACUCCUUGAAAGGAAGGCAUGUGAAUGGGAAGAUAAGCCGCUUAAUAAAUGGUCAGAUCUGGGCUACUGCAAACUGAGCUAUUAGAGGCCUUAUGUGAGAAUGUGUUUUUUCCCCAUCAUUAAAAGAAUACACAGUGUGUGUUAACCUCCCAAAGACAUAGGCUUAGACUGAAGAGGUAUGUUAGGUGCUGAAGACCAGAUGGCAGGAGUAUUCUAAAAUUGGGAGUACUUAACCUGUUAGAGAUUAGGUGUCUUGAUUUCCCCCUCAAACAUGCACACUUCCUGCAAAGCGCUGUGAAUAGAAUCAGUUCCUUAGCUAAUAUCUGGAUGAAUGAUUUGCACUUCACCUAGGAGUGGUUACUAACGCUGUCUGUCUUCUAAAAUAUUGUUUUUGUGGGGAAAAAUGGAACUCAGUUUUGCUAUUGAAGCAGGGUAUGUGGAGUAGAUAGCAAGUGAUCAUCUGAAUGCAAUUGAAAGCUACUAAUGUGAAAGAGCAAAGAUCAAUAGUUUAAUAAUCUGCAGCCAAGGAUAACUUCUUUUUUAAAAAAAAAAAACUUCUAUUACACUCAAGCUGAGUAAUAGAGGUUUUAUUUUUAAUGUGCUAUCUCAUGAAAUUCUUACAGAGCCUGAGAGUUCUAAUUUUGUUUUCUAGUUCUCAGUGCCAGCUUUAUUGGCAUUACCCCAAUAAAAAUACAGAUUCUUACUUCUGAAAACAAGAUUCUGAUAAGAAUACACUUACUGACUGGCUUUUUCCUAUUGUCCCUUCAGGCUACAACAUAUUUUCUGCUUAUAGGAAAAGUUAAAUUAUAAGUUGGGACUCCAGUCAUGAAUAGUCUUGACCUUAUCUUUAUUAUGAGAAAAAUGAAUUUGAAAGCUUUUCCAGGGGUUAUAGGCAUACCAACUAUAACUUUUUGCACUGCCUCUGCAUCUGAUGGAUUCACCACUCAGCCAUAAGAACAGUUAUUUCUAAGAGUGUCAUUAGGAUCAUCUUAGAUGGUGCUUGAUCUGUGAGUGUUUCCCUUUCUUUUGACUGUGCUGGUCAACAUUCCUCAAAGGGGAGGGGAAGAAUACUUAAGGCUUAUGCUUGUAACUUAAAUGCAUUUAAAAACAAAUUUCUUGCUGGAUUACUGGGUAGACUAAUAUUUUUUCCAAAAUGGAGAGGUUUUCUUAUUUAAGAUUUGUCAGUUUAAGGCAAAAAUCAGGAAAUUAGCAACAGCUAGACAUUUCCAGAAAUGUUUAGGAAGCCAUUAGAAAGGAAACAAUUUUGCAUACUGACUGUUCUUUCAUUUCACUGAGCACCUCAGUCAUAUCAGCUGAAUAAUUCUUUUAGUGCUUCUUGUAGUCCUAAACAAUUGUUGUGGUAUGUGUGAUGAUAUGUGUAUGCUUUCAUUCUUUGAACUGACUUCUAAUUUCAGAUCAAAAUAUGUGAUAAAAGGCAGCUUUGACUUAUACAAUAUAAACACUUUAAAUAAUUCUGAUGAUUAACUGAUAUCUCAGUUACAGGGGGAAGAUUGUCUUUAACUUUGAUUACUUACAAGUGAUAGUUCUUCAUCAUGGCUGAACUAUCACCUGAAGAAAUUCAGCUGAGGGCCAACCAGGUCACUGAUGAGUCCUUGGAAAGCACAAGGAGGAUUCUUGGCUUGGCCAUUGAGUCCCAAGAUGUGGGCAUCAAGACUAUCACCAUGCUGGAUGAACAGGGAGAACAACUGCAUCGCAUAGAAGAAGGCAUGGACCAGAUAAAUAAGGACAUGAGAGAAGCUGAGAAGACGCUGACAGAGCUCAACAAGUGUUGUGGGCUCUGUGUCUGUCCUUGUAACAGGACGAAGAACUUCGAGUCUAGCAAGGCAUACAAAUCAACUUGGGGAGAUGGCAUGGAGAACUCAGCGGAUCACGUGGUAUCCAUGCAGCCAAGAAGUGUAAAUCAUCAACAGCCUCAGACUUCUGGAGGGCAAAGUGGUGGAUAUAUUAAACGGAUAACAAAUGAUGCCAGAGAAGAUGAAAUGGAUGAAAAUCUUACUCAAGUAGGAAACAUUCUUGGGAAUUUGAAAAAUAUGGCUUUGGAUAUGGGCAACGAGAUUGAUGCCCAGAAUAAACAAAUAGACCGGAUAAAUGUAAAGGCAGAAACAAACAAGGAUCGCAUUGAGCAAGCCAACAUCAGAGCCAAGAAACUCAUUGACAAUUAAAGCCUGCUGCCAUUGUUCAGUGACACUGUCUCUCCAGCUGCAAACCACCAUAUUCAUGGAUCUGUGAAACUCUUCUAUUCUAAAAUAAGAGGGGCUGAGAAAUAUGAAGCAGUACCCUUUCUAUAGGGUGUGGGUUUAUUUUAUUGCUUCAUGUAGACUUGGCCUUGACUCCAAGAAAGCAGCCAACAUAACUUCCUCAUCUGCCUUCACUUUCUUCAGACUGCUCAGGGCUAAAAGUAUCGUGGCUUUGAGAAUGUUCUUGCUUGUUUUAUUUCCCCUCCCCAGUCUUUUUUCCUGCUUCCAAAAUAUAGUCCCUUAUUCAAGUGGAAUAAGCAGGUUAACCUGAACUUAGUUGUUGAAAGUUGAAGAGGGCACUUUAUACCAUUUAAAAUACCUCAGAAGUUGAGUGCCUUCACUAAAAUAGGGAUUUGGUGAGUGUUGUCUGACUUGUAUCUCUAGCUGGCUAACCAUAAUUUUAUGAUCCAAACCACAUACAAGUGGUUUGGGGUUGAGUUAGUGGACUACAAAAUUUAAGACGUUAUGGCCCACUGGUUGCUACUUCUGGGUUGAGGGCUUUAAAACACUUCCUAAGCACAAACUUAAUGUAAAGGUAACUGGAGGGUAAUACAGGUUUCCAUUUCUUUACUUUAAAGUGACAUUGGUUUAGAGGCCAUAAGGAAAUUAUGCUGCAUUGUUCUGGUAAUUUGUUCUGUAUAUAACGAUAUAGACACCAUGCACAUGUGAGUAGAGGGGGAAAAAUAAUUUCCCUAGAAAGUAUUUAUUCAAUGAAAAAUUUUACACCCACCUAAAUAUUAAUUUUUAAAUGAAUGAUGCAAUGUAACGAGAAGAAACUGAGUAGAAAAGCAUGCAGCUUUCUUGCAUCCCUUAUAAGAUUCUUGGUCAGUUUUAAUUGGAAUUGAGUUUAUGCCUUUCUCCAGUGCAACAUGAAAAUAGCACUAAUAUAGUGACUGCGACCUGCUGUUCUCAGCAGUGACUUUGGGGGAAGCUGCUUAAACUUACUGCAAACAAAGAGGAGAAGCUUAUUACAAAUGAAACUUCUUGUCACAAGUCUGGAGGAAGCAUUACCUCUUUAGGAAGAACUAUGUGCUAGUUCUAAAUAAACUAGUUCAAAAUAGA